AUGUUGUUUGUGGACGUGUUUUGCUUUGGAGCGCUGAUGCUCUGCUGCAGCGGGCUGUGUGUGGCCCUGCAGGUCUCACAUGAACAGCAGCUCAUCCCGACGCACGACCCCACUGUGACAGAGCACACCUCUCCAUCAGCAGGGGCUUCAUCAGCGUCCACAGGCUUUCAUCGCGCCCCUCAUAAUGCUCCAUGCUUUGUGGAUGACAUAUUCGCAGUGCUGCGUGAAGGUGUUGGGAGCGGCGGGGAACUCACAAACCGCAGUUUGGCUCAGUUUGGACUCUGCAGCAGAUCUGACAGCUCAUCAAGUUCAGUCUUACUACAGCUCGCUAAGGAAACGAGCAGAAAUGGAUUAGAGGUUUUGCAUCCAGCUGGAGUGCUCUUGGCAGAGGAAGAUGCAACAGGAACACUCAUUUUGACCUUUGACCUCUCACACGCUCCUUUGCUGAAGCUGAACCCUGUGCUGCUCUUGGCGUUUGAAAGUCCCCUCACAGCAAAACUCGAAGUCACUUUUACAAGUCAGUCGCUACAUCCGAGCACGCAGGCUGCGUGCAUUUCAGGAGAAACUCGGUACAUUCUGCUGACAGGACAAGUAACAGAAGGCGAUGUUCAGCAGAACUGGAGGAUUUCUGUUGAGACAAAACUCCCUGACAUGAAUCAAAUCCUGAAAGACAUCCUCAUUGGUGGAAAACCAGGAAGUAACAUCAGCAUGACUCCACUUCUGCUUUUCUCUGGGGACAGAGGAACUGAUACAAGUUCGUCCCCGGCCUCCUCACAGACCUCCUACCUCUGUGAGCUAAAGCGUUUCCUUGGUGACGUCCUGUCUCAGGACCAUCCUGCGUCUCCUCCUCUCCAGCUGGACUCCUUGCACUCCCUGCCUCCCCUCACACUGGGCGUAUCCUCCAGUGAGACCCUGCUGGCAGGACUGAUUAACUCCUCGUCCCCCACCAUCUUCUCCUUCACUGGCUGUUGCUCCAUGUCUCAGGUGCAUUACGGAGAGCUGGCGUUGUCUCCUGCUCUGCUGGAGGAGGUCGAGCGGAGGUUGGAGCAGACUGUGAUGCAGAUAAUGGAGGUGAUAAGGGAGGAGGAGCUGGGUCACAGAGCCACGGAGAGGCUGGCGAGACUCAAAGAACUUAGUGCGUUUCCGAAGAUGGAACCAACAGCAGGAGGCAGCCAGUACCGUGCGUUUCUUCUGCUGAAGGCCCUGCAGACGGUGGCCCGGGCAUAUGAGGUGCAGAGAGGACUGCGGGCGACCAGAGCUGGCCCCAACAAUCCAGUAAGAGGCAACACAUGUGGGCUGAGGAGCCUCACCGUGUCCCUCGAAAGGCGCGUUGUGGGUCCAAACACUGCCAACAUCAACAACUGCCACGGCUCUUGUUCUUUCCCCAUGGUCAACACCAACAACCACGCCGUCCUGCUCAGCUUCCACAUUGACAGCGAGAACACGAACGAGCGGGCGCCGUGCUGUGUGCCUGUGGCCUACGAAGCCCUGGAGGUGGUGGACUUGAAUGAACAUGGGACUUACCUCUCCAUUAAACCGGAUAUGGUGGCGAAAGAGUGUGGGUGCCGCUAA